GAUCCUCUUUUAUGACUUCUCAUCUUUUUUCUCUCCAGAUUCUUUGCACUUUUCCACUGUGUUUCUCCGUUUGUCUUUUUUUUCUUCUUUUUCUUGCGCAUCCUUUUACUACUAAACACAAGUGACAUCUGUGUGUGAGCUUUAGUCAGAUUCGUGUGUAGGCUGUGUUAUGUGUUCGUCUUUGCGUUCUUAAUCUGAAGGAAGGGAUUAUUGUUGUUUCUGUUGACACGGAAAUGGAACAAAAACGCAAAAUUGGCGGUGAAAGUUUGAGAAAUCGAGAUGCUAAGGACAUGAUCAGUGAGUUACCUGAAGCUUUGCUCCUGCAAAUAUUAUCUUCAGUUCCAACAAAAGAUGUCAUAGCCACUAGUGUUUUGUCUAAACGGUGGAAAUCUGUUUGGAAGAUGGUGCAAAAGCUCAAGUUUGAAUCUGAAAUUGACCAUGUCUCUUCAGAGGAUGUUUACAGGUUGCUGAUUAUGCAUAAAGCUCCAUUUCUGGAAAGUUUGCAUUUGAAAAUUGAAGAUACAAGUGGUCGUUUGGAUAUUGGGAUAUUGAUUGGAAUUGCAUUUUCACGCCAUGUGCGUGAACUGGUGUUGGAUCUCUUCCAUGAUGAUCAAGAGAAAGUAAGGUUUCCGAGUGGAUUGUGUAGCUACAACAAUACACUCGAGGUGUUGAAGUUCAAGUACGUUCUUUUAGACUUUCCUUCUCGGGUUUGUUUCAAUGCACUUAGAGAGCUGCAUCUUUUCCAUGUGGUAUUCAAAAACGAAGCAUCUGUUUGCAACCUUUUAUCUGGCUGCCCUAGGCUUCAGGAUUUGGUUGUGGAACGAAAUAGCAAUUUAGAUGUGGAGACUUACACUAUCGCUGUACCAUCAUUGCAGAGGCUAACCAUAGAAGAGAAUUAUUAUGCCACAGAAUUAAGUGGUGGAGGCUAUGUGAUAAAUGCACCAUCUUUGAAAUACUUGAACAUCCAAUGCCUCGAUCAUAUUGACUUCUGUCUGAUUGAGAAUGCGCCAGAGCUGGUGGAAGCAAAGAUCCUUGAUGUUUCUCAUAUACCCAAUGAGAACAUUCUUGCAUCUCUCACUUCAGCCAAGUGUCUUUCCUUACACUUACCCUCAGAGAUUAAGUAUCCUACUGGUAGCAUCUUCUUUCAGCUGGUCUCCUUGGAGGUAUAUAUAGAUAAAAUAAAUUGGUGGAAUCUACUUUCGUUCAUGCUGGAUAGCUCUCCUAAAUUGCAAAUCCUCAAGCUCUUUGGCUUAUGUCGUGAAGAGUGUCCGGUGGGCUGGGAAUGGAAUCAGCCGAAAUGUGUACCAGAAUGUCUGUUGCUUCAUCUGGAGACAUUGGUGUGGACAAGAUACGUAUGGGGACGAGCAGACACGAAACAAGUGGCCACAUACAUCCUCAAGAAUGCUAGACAGUUGAAGAAAGCAACUUUAUCCACACCAUACAUCGAACCGAAAAUGCUGAAAACGAGGCGAGAGAUGCUCAACGAGUUGGAUAGUGUUGUCAGAGCGUCAAAGUCAUGUCACCUUGUGUUCGAACCCGAAUGAUCUCUAGAAUGUUUUGGGAAAAUGGGAAAUUCUCAACUUGUUGAAUCUUUCAAGAAGUCUAGUGGAUUGUUAAAAUAGUCUGGUGCAUUUUGAUGAUUAAAACGUUGUUGGGUUGUGUCAUCUAUUUAAGCUUUGGUAAUUUGGAAAUGGAACUGAGGCUGAUGUAGAGUGAACAUUUACACUUCUUGUUAAAAGAACAUGUGGCUUUUGGUGUUAAUUAA